AUGACCACCUCCUGGUCCAACGACGAGACAGUCGCCUUAAUCAACACAUACCGUGACAAAUGGUAUUCUCUCCGGCGAAGUAAACUACGCGCCACCGACUGGCAAGAAGUCGCCGACGCCGUCGUCGGUCACUGUACCGGCAACCCACCCAAAACCUCCGUCCAGUGCCAGCACAAGAUGGAGAAGCUCCGCAAACGUUACCGUGCAGAGCUUCAAAAUGUUGGAGAUUUUAACUACUCGAAGUCAUUACAUAAAUAUUCAUCCUCUUGGAUUUAUUUUAAGUUAAUGUAUUGUUUGGAGUCUGGUGAUUAUUGUUCCGAUCCAUCCGUGAACCGGGUGAAUCGGAACAAACAGGAUAUUCCGUUAUAUGACUUACAUUGUAAUGGAAUAAAACAUGGAGUCACCCUACCGUUAAAUAAACGGUAUCAUGGUGGUUCGACCGGGUCCCGGAUUAGUCAUAAGAAAGUGUCAUCAUUGGAUAAUGAUUUUUCUCCGCCUACUGGUGGGAAAUAUGGGCCGCGUAAAAAUCGGUCGGGUCAAAAUGGGUUGGGUGGGGUCUAUAGUGAGAAAGUGUCAUCAUUGGAUGAUUUUCCUUCGCCUAUUGGUGGGAAAUAUGAGUCGGGUGGGGUUUAUAGCGGAGGGGGGAAGAGGAAGGAUGAGGGGGAGGGUGUGGAGGGGAGUGAUGGUGGUGAUGUGAUGGAUGAGAUGACGUGCGCGAUAGAGAGAUUGGGGGACGGGUUUGAGAAGAUGGAGAGGGUGAAGAUGGAUAUGACGAGAGAGCUUGAAUCUUUGCGGAUGAAAAUGGAGAGGAAGCGAGCGGAGAUGGUUAUUGAAACACAACGGAAGGUUUGGGAUUUGUCAGUGGAGAUGGUUAUGGAGAAGGAGAAGAAGAAUAAGAAGAUUAAGGGAAUGGGUAUACCAGGAUUGUGA